AUGCUUUUAUAUGGUUUUCUUUUAAAGUUUGUAGUUCCAACUGUUGUUCCAAAGAGGCUUGAGGCUCCACUGGAGCAUUUGGUGGUUCUUAAAUUAGGGUUUUGUUUUGCUGAUAAAGCUCAGAUUUCAGCAGUUAUUUGUUUAAUUCAAAGUGCUCCCCAGUUGCAUACACUUGAAAUCCAGGAAGAACUCUCAGAUGCUGAAGAUAUCAACGUAGACGCAGUUACAGAGUUUCUAACAGCACCAAACUGUGUAGAACAAGAUCUCAUUUCACUUCAGAAGAUAAAGUUAGAAGGUUAUGUGAACAACACAAUUGAACGUCAUUUCAUGAAGCUUUUGCUUGCUCGUUGUCCUUCACUUGUUGAGGUGAUAGUUGUGCCUUCGAGAUUCAUUGAAUAUAAUGGAAUUUGGCUCUUCUUCUUCGAGUUGUUGGAGUUCCCUCGAGCAUCGCAAAAUGUCAAUAUACUGCUUGGAUAGACACCUUUUCUCCUCUAGCAGACAUUAUUAUCAUUUCAUUCUUCUGCUGAUAAACAUUUAGUUUUGGGUGAUGACCCUAUGUUUUGUUACAUUUUGUCAAUUGGAACGAGUAUUAUAUACUCUUCUAAAGUACUAUUUCAGUUUUUCUUUAGCUUGAUGGUCCGGAUA